AUGUUUAACACUUCGAUCUUCGACAACGCCGCCUCCUCCCUGCUGGACAGCGGGCAGGAUUUUCUAAAUGUGCCUCAACCAAUCGACAUUACCCACCAACGACAGCCCAGCAUCUUCAACAACUCCCGUUUUCGAAGAGAGCUGAUUGCCCAUUCUCAAGGAAUGGGCGGUGUUUCCUGGGGUAGCGUGACUAUCGGCCUGUGGCUCAAGGACGAGGUGAUGAUGUACCAAAACCACCCUUCUGCUGGCAACUCCCAGCUCCCUGGGAACCUUAUUAACCCUAGAAGGGGCCUGUUCCGGAUGUCUUCCGUGGCACCCGCUGCCGCCCAGAACAACGCCCUGCUCCAUCCAGGCACGCUCUCACCGCCCAACACAACGCUGUACCUCCCUACGUUGGAGGCGGACUACUGUAAAGACUACUCGUGCUGCGGCCAGCUUUUGCCCACGCUACACGACUUACUCAGACACUACGAGGAGGCCCACAUUCUGGCGUCUCCUCCGCAAGAAGCCAACUCGCAUCUCCUUGCGGCCCACCGUAACCGCAACAACAUCAACAACAUCCAUAACGUCAUGGAAACGGUGCUGACCACCGAUGUGUUCUUGAACAACCACCACCACCAGCAGGCGGCGCAGCAGCAGCAGUCGCAGGGCUCUUUGCAUCUUCCGGCCUCUCAUUUCAACUUACAGAACCAGACUAUUUCUCAGGGGGCUGUUGCCGACAGCAUGCUGCCCUCUGGAAACGGCACUGCCCAGCCACAGCAUGGAAACGCCCAGCAGAGGCACCUUCCGCCUCACCGGGUCAACCCAGCAGGCGCUGCAGACGCCGAAAACGAUAGCAUGUAUAUUGACGAUCCUGCCCGUCACUUGUAUGUGAUGGAAAACGAGGAGUACAAGCCGUUCAAGUGUCCGGUGAUUGGUUGCGAAAAAACCUACAAGAACCAGAACGGUCUCAAGUACCACCGGCUCCAUGGCCACCAGAACCAGACGCUCAAGGAGAACGACGACGGUACGUUUUCCAUCAUCGACCCAGAGUCCAACACCCCUUACCUUGACGGUGCAGGCAUGGAGAAAGACAAGCCUUACCGCUGUGAGGUUUGUGGUAAACGGUACAAGAACUUGAACGGUCUUAAGUAUCACCGUGGUCACACGACACACUAG